AUGAUCAAAGAAUUCUCACAUCUAACUUACCAUGUUGUAGAUGCUUUCUUCACAGGCAUUCCUCAUGCUGCCAGUGUCUAUGCUGUUAAGUCAAAGACAGGAGAUGCUGCAAUUUGGGACACAGGCACUCCAAGAAACUAUGAUUUAUUGAAGAAACAGCUUUACGAUAUCGGAAUUACAAAAGAUAACUUAACAAAAAUCGUUUUAUCGCACAUUCACAUGGAUCACACAGGAAAUGCAUCUCAAUUAGUAAAAGAUUUUCCAAAUGCUAUGAUUUAUGUACAUCCAAGAGGCGCUCGUCAUGUUGAAAACCCAGAAAUAAUCAUAAGAGAAGCAAGAAAAGUCAUGCAAUACAACUACGAACUUGAAUACAAAGAUAAAGUUGUACCUGUUCCAAAGGACCGAAUAAUUCAAGUAAAAGAUGGAACAACACUUGAAUUCGGUGGCGGUGCAUCGGUUGAAUUGAUUUAUGCUCCUGGCCAUGCAUAUCAUCAUCUUGCUUGGAUAGAUAAAAAGGCACACAUCGCAUUAACAGGUGAUUCAUUCGGUAAUGUUUACGAUGACAUUGCUAAAAAUGUAGGUUUCGCUAUCACAUCUCCAGCUGCUUUUGAUCCUGACGCUUGGACCGAUACAAUCACAAGAAUUAUGAACAUGGGAACAGAAAGUUACGGUGUAGCCCAUUAUGGCUUCCAUGAUAACACAGAACAGAAUUACAACCAAUUAAUGAAAUGGCUGAAGCGUAUGAAGGAGAUUGCUCUUAAGGAAAAGGAAGAGAACAUUCCUGCUGCAGUUUUCGAUGAAUAUGCCAAACUUUUUGGAGCAAAUUUGGUUAAAAAUGAUGAUCAAUUACAAAUUAACUACAAGACAGGUUUAAUUGGUGUUCAGAUCUACCACAAAAUGGUUAAGGCCAAUAAAGUUCAUCCAAGAAAGUAA